AUAAAAAGGCGCGAAAAGAGAGAAUCCUGAUAUGGUGAUAAACGUUGUAUGAGAUCGGUAAUAAAAAUUAGAUAAAUACCGAAGAAAAAUAUUAUAAAUCACAGAUUUCAGUAUUGUGGAAAUAAUAGAAAAUUCUAAUCAAAACAGCGUUGGUCAAAAAAGCCGAAGAGGAAGAAAAAAUAAAGGCAGAAGAUUAUUAUUAAUAAUGGCACCAAUUUCCAAGGAAACUGGGGAAAAUCUACUUUCAAGUCCAAAGGAAGAAGCAGCCGAAGAAUUUGAAAGACAGCAAGUACAAUAUGAAGACUUGACUGUUGAUUUUAAUGAUAAAUUAAUCGAUUUCUCUAAACAAUUUUGUCAUAUAUAUUCUGUAAGACUGGCAGAAUUGAAAGCAAUACUGAUACCAAGAAUUAUUGCAAAAUGGGGAAAAGUAAAGAUACUAAAGUUGGCAGAAUUAGAAGAUUUUGAAGGACAACAGUGUGUAAUAGUUGGUACGCUCUAUAAACAUCAAAAGUGGAAGCCAUCGAUAUUACAUGAGUUAAGCGAAGAUUAUCAACUCACAUUACCAGAACUAAGAUCAAAUUAUUGCUCAGAAAAGGAUCAACUUUUCUUGGAAGAUGAAAUGUUACGUAUCAGAUUACUAAUUGAAGAUGCAGAGAUGAAAAAUUAUGUUACAGGUAUUGUAUGUGCCAUAUUAGGCCACAAAGAAAAAGAUGGCAAUUUUGUGGUCAAGGAAUGGUGCUUUCCUGGUUGUGUGCCUAAAAGUUCACUGACACAAUUAAAGUCCAAAGGAAAACUAUUAUUUCUAUCUGGGCUCGAUUUGGCAAACAAUUCAAAGAGUUUGUCAUUAGGUCUUUUAACUGAAUGGAUAUGUGGCAUGGCAGGAAAUGCAAUUGUUCAAGAAAAUGCUACUUGUAUUGUUCAAAUUAUUAUUGCUGGUAAUUCUGUCAAAACUGUUACAAAAACAAAUACUUUAAUGGGACAUGCUGAAGGGAAGGCACAAGAUGCCGCGAUAGCAAACGAAGUUGCUGUAGCAACAACACUCUUAGACGUAUUUCUUGCUGAAAUAGCAACAUGUUGUUGUAUCACUUUAAUGCCAGGUCAACAUGAUCCUGUAAAUGCAAUGCUGCCUCAAAAACCACUGCAUCCAUGUAUACUACCACUAACAUCUAGAUUUGAAAGUUUUAAAGGUGCAACUAAUCCGUGGAUCGGCAAAAUCGCUGAACGUGUAAUAAUGGGUAGCAGUGGUCAGCCGAUUGAUGAUAUCAUAAAAGCGACUGGUGCAACAGAUAUCUCUCCCUUAGAUUGGUUGGAAAGAACUCUGUUUUGGAGGCAUAUGUGUCCGACAGCUCCAGACACAUUACCAGUACAUCCUUACUCUGUAAAAGAUCCAUUUAUCAUAAAUUAUUGUCCAGAUAUAUACUUUGUGGGCAACACAGAUAAAUUUGAAACAAAACUGUGGAGAGGUGAAGAAAAUCAGGUGGUGAGACUAAUUUGUAUUCCAAAGUUUUCCUCUACAAAUCUUGCAGUUAUGGUGGACAUAGAAACUUUGGAUACUGAAGUAAUUUAUUUUGGUACAAGUACACCCUAAAUUUGUAAUUUGUUUGAAUACGACUAAGAUAAAAAUAAUUAAUAUAAUAUGUGACAUUUUCUAUCAGAUCAUUAUCAAAACAUAUUU